AUGGCUCAAUCACCUCAAGGCGAGACCACCAUGGCCGACGUAUGGCAGCAAGUGAAGCUCUUGCUUCUUGCCGUCUGGGCCUUGACGAGCCGUCGCAUGAGGGUAGCGGGCGCCUUCGUCAUCUUCCUCGGCGUUUCAAUAUGGCUCUCGCUCCCUACGAUCAAGACCAUGACGGUCCCCAAGGUCUCUCUCGAAUACGCACACUCACCAUACAACCACUCCAAGGUCGCGUUGCUUAUUGAGAACCGACCCAACCCUAUCCUCGCGCCUCUGAUGCUGCACUUUAUUUCAGUAGUGCCUCCCGACUGGCGCUUCCGCUUCAUGGGCUCCAUCGAUUCCGUGCGGUCCAUCAACACCUCUGUUGCCAUUCGCGAGCAAGUGGCGGCUGGCAAAUUGGAUCUGACUUACAUUCCCUCUAACAUGAGCACUGCUGGUCAGGAGAUGAUUAGUCGCUUCCUGACCAAUCUUUGGCUUUACGAAACGGUCUUACAGCCAGCUGAGUGGCUUCUCGUCUUCCAGACGGACAGCAUACUGUGUGCCAACAGCAAACACAACAUCAAUGACUAUCUCGAGUAUGACUGGAUCGGCGCCCCCUGGAACCCUGGCGGUCGCUGGGGUGGCAACGGUGGUCUGUCCAUUCGCCGUGUGAGCGCAAUGAUCGAUAUUCUGCGGAACCAGAAGCGUGUCGACGGCUCCGAGCCCGAGGAUGUGUGGCUUGCCGAACGUCUAGCUCACCACCCGGGAAGCAAGGUCGCCAAUGGAACGGUCUCACUGAUGUUUAGCGGCGAAAUGCACUCGGGCCCAGGCACGGAAAUCAAGAAAGAAGGACAGAACGCGACCCUUGAAGCAGCUGCCGAGGGUGAAUAUGUCGAGGGUAUCGAUGACUACCGUGAGGGCUACUACGAACCCAUGGGUUACCACACGGGCGGCAGUGGUAUCUGGCUGCACAGUCCUAUCUGGGGCACACCAGCUUUGCGGAAACAUAUUUGGGAAUAUUGUCCCGAGGUUAAAUUGACGUUGGCUAUGGAUGCGGCCAAGUACGUUCCUGGAAACUGCAAAGCCAACUGGAAGAGAGGCCUCGAAGAAUAUGAGGAUGGUGAGCUGGUUGAGCGUGAGGAGGAGAUUGACGAAGACGAGGCUUUCUCACAAUACCCAUUCGGCACGGAGAUAAUCGAUGGACAAGAAUACCCUAAGCUGCCGCCCAGCUUGAUGGCAUGGUGA